CAAACAAAUCCUCUCAUUGCAUUGCGUAGGGUUUUAGCACAUUCGCCGCUUUGUUGAGGCUUUUAUAGUCAUGUAAAUUCGCAUUCCUUCGUCUAAAUGCGGAGUGUCAACAGUGGAUGAAUCCCGCGUGAAGAUGGCCGAUGGGAGGGCGUCCUGUCAGGGCUGGGAUAUGCGGGGCAGCGACUCUCCCUCUCGGUUAAAUGGGAACAGAGGAGCGUCUGUUGACAGGGGCAGGACUCUGGAAAAUAUGGUGGGAGUUGCAGAAUUUUAAGGGGGUAACGGGACAGCUCGGAAACCUGCUGAAGUUUGUGUCGAUGAUGGUGUUUUGACGUGUUGGCGGGAGCGAGACUGAUGACAGCUGACAGCCGCGCCAAACUUCAAAGGCGAUCAAGUGCCAGGGAUUGCAGAGCCGCUGCAGGGAUGGAUGGGAAUGCGCACAACCGACCGCCUGACCGAAGGAGAUCAACAAAAAGCAAAGCCCCUCCUCCUCCGGUCCUGACAGGUCUGGAUGCUCCUCUGCUGAGCCACAAGCUCCAGGCCUUCCCUCAUCCAGCCAUGGAGCAGACGGAGAGUCUGCUGGAGCAGGAGCUGACGCUCACCGUCAUCCUGCCUGGAGGAGCAGAGAAGAUCACCACAGUCCACGGCAGCAAGCCCAUGAUGGACCUGCUGGUGAUGCUUUGUGCCCAGCACCACUUGAACCCGUCGGGCCACACCCUCGAGUUGAUCACCACCAACAGAAACCAUGUAAAGUUCAAACCCAACGCCCUCAUCGGAGCCCUGGAGGCUGACAAGAUCCUGCUGAAACCCAAAGGCAUGGAGGACAAAAGCAAAAAGACAGGACCGCAUAUGCCUGAGGCCACUGUGCGAUUAGUGAUCAACUACAGAAAAACCCAGAAAACCAUCCUGCGAGUGAGUCCUCGAGUUCCUCUGCGCGAGCUGCUCCCGGCGAUCUGCCAGAAGUGUGAGUUUGACCCGCAGACCACACUUUUAUCACCAAGCGUCCAAUCAGAAGACACACUGGACCUGAGCGGAUCCCUCAAUGACUUCGGCCUGAGGGAAGUGUACGCAAGAGACACUAGAGUUAUUAGUCCUGUAAGUCCUAUCAGUCCAGUCAGUCUUCCUCCAUCUCCAACUCGCUCAGAAAUAUUUUAUCACGGGAAAGAAAAAUCCUUGCGGGAGAAGGAUAACAAAAGGCGCUUCAGUCUGUUUCGCAGAGGAAGCAAGAAGCAAUCCGAACAGUCUAUGACCGUGAGCGCUCCGGCUUCUCCAGUGCACAGAAAGCAGCGGCCGGUCAGUAUGAGCUCCUUCAGCACGCAUGUACCCCUCAGCUACGACUGCAACACGAUGCCCUCCGACACGCCGAAAAAACGACGAGCGCCGCUGCCGCCUAGCAUGAUGUCACAGAGCAUGCCCAGCGACCUCAGUCAAACACAGACCACUGUGCAUCCUGAUGGCAACCAGAAUCUGUCCUCUUUGAGUCGGGCCUCGUCCACAGAGUCGUCCUUCAAGAAAUCGUCUACUAAGAGGAAAGCUCCUCCACCUCCGGUCAUGAUCAGCACAGACACUACACAUCAAGACACAACAGACUCAAGCAUGACAGAGUCAGCAGUGACGUCUCCACUGGAGGAGAUCAAGGAGCAGGAGGAGAUGAGUGUGGGUGCGGGGGUCAAUGUGGAAGAUGAAACCCUGGAGGACAACAGCAGUCUCAACAUGUCUGCAAACAUCUCUCUGGAUUCGGGUCGUGCCGGGACAGCAACUCCCUCGCAGGAUUCAGUGACUUUAGAAAGCGGGACGCCCAGAGACGAUCCAGUAUGUGACCUGUCCACUGAUGCAGAAGUUGCUGAAGGCACAGUGAAUGGAGAAAUGAAAGCAGACCAGACCAGAAGUUCCCAUAUCACCUCAGAAGAUAAAGACCCAGGAAAGACAGAACAGUUGAUUCAACCAUCUGAAAGUGGUCCUGUUCUAGAAGAAGUUACUGUGAGCAAUACAUCUUUGCCUCAAAGAUCUGAAUGCGGCAUCCAGACCUCGCAAACAGACUUACAAGUGCAGUGCUUUGAUUCAGACACAGCCAUUUCUUCCCCUGAGUCAAGCUGUUCCAUUUACGCUGAAGCUCAGACCUCAAAAACCAUUCCUAAUACAUCCAGCUUAACUCACACCGAGACGCAAACACAAGUGCAAUCUUCUAAUGAACCUUCAAGCUUGUGCACUGAAUUCUCCACAUCGACAAUAGGACUGAAAAAAGAUAUGGCUACUUCCACCGACGAGCUCCAACCUUCAAUCCAGCAAUCGAAAGACUUGACAUCAACAUCUAAACCCGCUAGCGUAAGCUAUGUAACGGAUGCAGAACCCAAACCCAAACCAUCCAAUGAGCACACCCGCGGAUACAUCCCAAAAGUGGGCAUGACCACAUACACCAUAGUCCCUCAGAAGUCUCUGGAAAAGUUGCAUUCGCUUGAGAUUGAGAUGACUUUGGAGCCUAAAGUCGAUUGCAAACCCAAUGUUUCCAAUGGCACGGUCACUCUUAAUGGCCAUCAGAAUGCGUUUGCUCAGACAAAUCAAUGCACUUCACCACCAGCAACCAAUUCAACCAAUUUGUCUACUAAUUUGUCAACUAAGCCAACCAGUUUGUCAGCCAAUACAACAUAUUCGUCAACCAAACCAACCAGUUCGUCAACCAGUCCAACCUAUUUGUCAACCAAUCCAACCAAUUGGUCAACCAAUCCAAUCAAUUCAUCAACCAGUCCAACCUAUUUGUCAACAAAUCCAAGCAAUUCCUCAACCAAUCCAACCAAUUCAUCCACCAAACAGACCAAUUCCUCAACCAAUCCAACCAAUUCCUCAAGUGUUGAUGAAAGAAUCGACUCUGUUUCCCUCAAAGAUAAGAAAGUUCCUCCUGCAACGAGACCCAAACCAGCGUCUUUCCGUGUGCCGCAACACAAACGCAUGUCUGGAGAUUACGUGAGCUCUGCAGCGGUACGGCGGGCCAGUAUUGGCAGUAGUAGCAGCAGCAGUAGUUGUUGUAGCAGUCCCGCAGCUCGCCCUAAAGAAUCCCUAAGCAGCCCGCAGUCUGAUGUUUUCCCAGCAAUGGAGAUCUUUCCUCCUCCACCUCCACCAGUCCAAUGGGAGGAAGAGCAAAGUCAGAGUACGAGUGCUAAAUCUCUACCUCAGAAUGAAGAGAUAGAUGCAGCUCUCCCUGAAGCUCCGAAAAUCCCACCGUCGUCCUUUUUGUCCCGUCAGAAGAGUCUUCCUACAAACCCUGCGCCUUCGCUGAGUUUGGAGAAGUUGAGAAGUUUUGCUGCACCCAAACCGUAUUCGCCAUCAUCUCCGUCUCGCUUUGCUCAGGCCGUUUCUUCUGCUGUCAAAAGAUCACAGUCUCUUUCCCAUCAUGCACCAGUGCAGGAAACACGCACGCAUACUCUUACAAAACAAAGGCCCAUUAGAGAAUCCCCUGAGCCGCCGACAUCCACUGUGGCAGACAAUGGAGACAGAGAGCCAGAGACACAAACAGCAGACACUGAUCCAGUCAUGGGAACAUGUAAGAUUGGAAAUACUCAAGCGUCGCCAGGGUCUGAAGCGUCAUCGCAGGAAGUAUCAGACGUCUUUCAUUCAGCAGAAGAAUGAAGCUCUUGGACAUGAUUAAAUUCUCCACUGACGAGGUUCAAAACAUUAACAUCAGUCACCAGAAAGUUUCUUAUUUUAGAUUAUCAUCAUUUUUUUGUGGUUUCACGAUUGAUUGAAAUACCGGCUCUUUUUUUUUAUCCAGAUCUGGACACAACUGCGUAGACCGCGGCCUUUUACUUUUUUCUUACUUUUUACUAGCCACAAUGUGCCUUAAAAAUUAUAAAUAAAUAAAUGGCAGUUCAAGCUCCUAAUAUAUAUUUGUUUUCCUUUUAAUAAUGAUAUUAGUAAUAAAAAGAAAUCUUGAUUUAAAUAUUUGCAGAGAGAUUAGGCUUUUUCUGCUGCUCCGAGUCAUACAAAAGCUGUGGAUGUGUUUUAAUUUAUUCUACAGAUGAACAUUGCAGACUUUAUUCCCUAAUUUCUGUUUUUCUCUCCCCUCAUGUCAACAAAAGUAACAAAUUUGUUAUAUUUAAAAAAAAAAUGAAUAUUUUCGUUCUGUUUCCGAUAUCUGAUCUGCAUUAAUGGACGUGUGUAAAUAUGCAGAUGUGCUUUCAUAUAUUUGGAGGCCUUUUUGCAUUUAAGUUAUUAGGUGUAGAUUUGAUUUGUGAUUAUUAGCCAAUGGUACUGAGUCACAGAAACCCCUCGCCUUCAAUAUUAGUGUGUAUUGUUUAAUUAUGGGCUGCAGUUGUCAUAUGUUGAAGUAAUUAUAAUGAUAAUAAUAUGUUGUGACAUUGAACAGGUUUCUGGAGCCCAAAAAACAUCACAUCAAUUAAAGAGAGAAAACACUGGGCUUUUCGUUUGUUUUGAGGAGAAAACUGCUGUAUUAUAUGAAUCACAACCUCCUCUCUGUUCUUUAUUAAAGUAUAACUGACUUUAAA